UACACAUACAAUCAAACUCUUCAUUUUACACGUUGUGCAUUUUAUUUGAAGAAAUUCCAUCUGGGUCUCUCUCGAAAAUGGAUUCCGCAUUGCCUAGCUCAAUCCAGCCGUGUCUGUACCCAGACCCAUUACCAGAAGCCUCACCAAGACCUUCCAAGAAGAACUUCGUCACUACUUUAAUGGAGUCAGCCACGAUUCGCACUCCUUCGUUCAAAGAAGACACCUAUUUCUUAUCCCAUCUCCAGCCCGCCGAGAAGAAAGGACUUCAAGAGCUGAAAGACACCCUCGCUGCCUCUCCCGACUCAAGUGAGUGCUCAAUGUGGGGGAUUCCUCUCUUGAAAGGCGACGAAAAGGCCGAUGUGAUACUGCUUAAAUUUUUGCGAGCGCGGGAUUUCAGGGUCCUGGACUCGUAUAAUAUGCUCGUGAAGUGUUUGGGUUGGCGGAAGGAGUUUGGGGCAGACGGCCUCGUAGAGGAGGAUUUGGGGUUUAAAGAGUUGGAAGGUGUUGUGGCUUAUAUGCACGGUUAUGACAAGGAGGGACACCCUGUCUGUUACAAUGCUUAUGGGGUUUUUAGAGAUAAGGAGAUGCAUGAGAGGAUUUUUGGGGACGAAGAGAAGCUGAAGAAGUUUUUGAGAUGGAGAGUUCAGGUUCUUGAGAGAGGGAUUAAGCUAUUGCACUUUAAGCCUGGUGGGAUUAACUCCCUUAUUCAAGUUACUGAUCUCAAAGACAUGCCUAAAAGAGAACUCAGGGCUGCUUCAAAUCACGUUCUCUCUUUGUUUCAGGAUAACUACCCUGAAAUGGUGGCUCGCAAGAUCUUCAUCAAUGUACCAUGGUACUUCAGCGUCAUAUAUUCAAUGUUCAGUCCCUUCUUAAAUCAGAGAACUAAGAGCAAAUUCGUAAUCUCCAGGGAAGGAAAUGUCACCGAGACUCUGUAUAAAUUUAUCAGGCCAGAGGACAUUCCAGUCCAGUAUGGUGGACUGAGUCGACCAGGCGAUUUAGAGAAUGGCCCACCCAAACCAGCCUCUGAGUUCUCUGUCAAAGGAGGAGAGACGGUGAACAUUCAAAUUGAAGGCAUUGAGGCUGGUGCAACUAUAACAUGGGACGUUGCAGUUGGUGGAUGGGACUUGGAAUACAGUGCUGAAUUUGUGCCCAAUUCAGAGGGUAGUUACACCAUAGCAGUGGAGAAGCCAAGGAAAAUGGGACCAACAGAGGAAGCUGUUCACAACUCCUUCACAUGUAAAGAACCAGGAAAAAUGGUUCUCUGUGUGGACAACUCUGCGUCCAGGAGGAAAAAGGUUGCCGCUUAUCGCUACUUUGUCCGUAAAUCCACUGUUGUUUAGCUUAAUUAGGAGUUUCAUUAACUAAACAGUGUGUUUUUUUUUUUUUUUUUUGGGUCCUUUUUAUGCGUUUUCAUCUAACUUUGUUCAAGUCUGUUGGUGAUCAUGGUGGUGGUAAUGUAUAAGAAUUGAUGGCAGUACUAGUA